UAUUGUUUUUAUUCGAUAAUUAUUAUAUUAUAAAACCAUUUUAAGUCCAUUCAUGAUGAAUCUCCAGUCCAGUGUUGACAACUCUCCACAUACAUGCGUGUUGAGGCGCAGCGCAACCGACCUUCAAUCCGCCAGGUCAUCCAUAUUCCUCAUUUCAUUGGCUGCGAUUGAAUUACCGCAUUCCUUAACGCGUCUCUGAUUGGUUGGUUUACCUGUCAAUCACAGCGCCCCCUCCACCAGCGCGCCCUGAUUGGCUAAUGCCCCUUUCCUUUCUCUCCGUGGUGAACCGCGGCGGUGGGUCGAGUCGCCGCCGCUGAUGCUGGUGUCUCCGGUCGGGCACGUUUACCGUUUCACCCCCCUUCAUAUUUACCAUUCAUAUUUAUCGUGCCCCGUUCCGUGUGCGGAAAGAUAAAGAUGGCAGCGGUGGCCCGUCUGGAGGGCCGUGAGUUUGAGUAUGUGAUGAAGAAGCGCUCGGUGACGGUGGGUCGGAACUCGUCGCAGGGCUCGGUGGACGUGAGCAUGGGCCACUCGAGCUUCAUCUCCCGCCGGCACCUGGAGAUCUUCACCGCCGCCGCGGAGGACACGGGCUCGGGACCGGGCGGAGGAGAGUUUUAUCUGCGCUGUCUGGGGAAAAACGGGGUGUUCGUGGACGGGGUGUUUCUGCGGCGGGGGGCGCCACCCCUGCAGCUGCCGAGAGCGUGAGUGAUUAUAACCUUCAUCUUCUUCGUGGUCAUCAUCAUCGUCUUCGCUGUUAUUGUUGUUGUGAUGCAACACCGGGAGCACGUGCUAAGUGUCCUUAUGUUGCACUUUUUUUUCGUUUCGCUUUCAGAGCGUCUGGGCUGUGUCUCAAACCCUAGCGAGCUGCCUAAGUAGACAGCAUUCACGCGCGUCAUGUUUACGCAGCGUUUCGGUCAUUGUGUACAGCAUCGUUUUUAUACGAUGCACGUAACAUUUCUACUUAUCGUAAGUGCAUGGAUCAUGACAGACGUGUGAAGCAUUGUUGUGCCACAGGGGGCGAGUGCAGCAUUUUUGGACGCCAUAU